UCCGAGCCCAGACGGCGUCGGCUUGGGCAGCCUGGGCGCCGCGACCCUCGGCGGCCACAGGGGGACUGGGAGGAGGAGGAGGAAGAGGCGGAGGCAGCAGCGGCGGCGGCGAGGAGGAGGAGGAGGGUUCGCUUGCCUGCUCCGACGCAGACAUGGUGGACUGAUCCCCAGCGGGGCCGAGAGCAGGGUUUCCUGAGGCGUCCCCCGCGCGUGGCCCCGCCGAGCAGCGCGCUCCGCAGCCCCUCGCCGGCGCCCGCGUCGGGUGCGGCGGCCAGGCCGGGCAGUAGUGUUCCCGCUGCGUUCCGCGCCGGGUCCCUAUGGAGGCGCCGCUCGCCGGCGAGGCCGCUGACCAUGCCUAGGAGAGCCGGGAGCGGGCAGCUGCCGCUACCCCGGGGCUGGGAGGAGGCCAGGGACUACGACGGCAAGGUCUUCUACAUUGACCACAACACCAGGAGGACCAGCUGGAUCGACCCCCGGGACAGGUUAACGAAGCCCUUGUCAUUUGCUGAUUGUGUUGGGGAUGAGCUGCCAUGGGGAUGGGAAGCAGGGUUUGACCCUCAGAUUGGUGUCUACUACAUCGAUCACAUCAACAAAACCACGCAGAUAGAAGAUCCAAGAAAACAAUGGCGAGGGGAACAGGAGAAAAUGCUCAAGGACUAUCUCUCAGUGGCUCAGGAUGCACUCAGGACACAGAAGGAGCUGUACCACGUGAAGGAACAAAGACUGGCUUUGGCCCUAGAUGAAUAUGUACGAUUAAAUGAUGCCUAUAAGGAAAAGUCAAGUUCUCACACAAGCCUAUUCUCAGGAUCUUCAUCCAGUACUAAAUAUGAUCCUGAUAUUUUAAAAGCUGAGAUCUCCACUACACGAUUAAGGGUAAAAAAGCUGAAGAGAGAACUCUCACAAAUGAAGCAAGAACUGCUCUAUAAAGAACAAGGCUUUGAAACAUUGCAACAAAUCGAUAAAAAAAUGUCUGGAGGCCAAAGUGGGUAUGAACUUAGUGAAGCCAAAGCCAUUCUAACUGAACUGAAAUCUAUCAGAAAGGCAAUUAGCUCAGGAGAAAAAGAAAAACAAGAUCUGAUGCAGAGUCUUGCUAAGCUGCAGGAGCGGUUUCAUUUGGAUCAGAACAUUGGCAGAUCUGAGCCAGAUUUGAGAUCAAGUCCUAUGAAUUCUCAUUUAUCUCUCUCCAGACAGACCCUUGAUGCCGGGUCACAAACAAGCAUUUCUGGAGAUAUUGGAGUGAGAAGUAGAUCGAAUUUAGCUGAAAAGGUCAGGCUAAGCCUACAGUAUGAAGAAGCCAAAAGAAGUAUGGCCAACUUAAAAAUUGAACUGUCAAAGUUGGACAGUGAGGCUUGGCCAGGGAUGCUAGAUAUUGAGAAGGAGAAGUUGAUGCUGAUUAAUGAAAAAGAAGAACUUUUGAAGGAACUGCAGUUCGUCACUCCGCAAAAACGCACACAAGAUGAAUUGGAACAUCUGGAAGCUGAAAGGCAGAGACUAGAGGAAGAGCUGCUGUCCGUGCGGGGUGCACCGAGCCGGGCUCUGGCUGAGAGAUUGAAAUUGGAAGAGAGAAGAAAAGAACUGCUACAGAAACUUGAAGAAACUACUAAAUUAACUACUUACUUGCAUUCACAACUUAAAAGCCUCUCUGCCAGCACGUUGUCCAUGUCAUCUGGGAGCAGCCUGGGUUCCUUGGCAUCCAGUCGGGGCUCGCUGAACACCUCCAGCAGAGGGUCUCUCAACUCCCUCAGUUCCAGUGAGCUCUACUUCAGCAGUCAGGGUGAUCAGAUAGAUGUGGAUUAUCAGUAUAAACUGGACUUCCUUCUCCAAGAGAAGAGUGGUUACAUUCCUUCCGGACCUAUCACUACCAUCCAUGAAAAUGAGGUGGCCAAGUCCCCCAGUCAGCCUGGCCCAAGUGGACUCUGUGGGGUGGCAGCUGCAGCAGCUGGCCACACUCCCACCCUGACUGAGGCCCCCAAGUCUGUGACAUCCCUAUCUUCAAGGUCCUCCCUUUCUUCCUUGUCGCCUCCUGGCUCUCCUUUGGUCUUGGAAGGCACUUUUCCCAUGUCUUCUCAUGACUCCUCUCUUCAUCAGUUCACUGCUGACUUUGAAGACUGUGAAUUGAGUAGCCAUUUUGAAGACAUUAGCCUUGGUGAAAAUCCCAUACUGCUCGAUUCAGAUUCAGUAGGAGCAUCCCAGUCUCUUUUAGAGGACAAAGACCUUAAUGACUGUGCUGGGGAGCCAUUAUAUGAAGGAACUACAGAUGUGGAAAAAUCAUUACCAAAAAGAAGAGUAAUUCACUUGCCUGGGGAGAAAACUGCUUGUGUGUCGGCUGCCGUGUCUGAUGAGUCUGUGGCUGGAGACAGUGGGGUCUACGAAGCCUCCAUGAAACAGCCUAGUGAAAUCGAAGAUGUUCCAUUCAGUGAAGAGGAUGUUGCCACUGUGGAGACAGCCCAGGUGCAGAUAGGACUCAGAUAUGAUGCAAAAAGUUCAAGUUUCAUGGUGAUUAUAGCACAACUACGAAAUCUUCAUGCCUUCUUGAUACCUCAUACUUCGAAGGUGUAUUUUAGGGUUGCUCUUCUUCCCUCCUCAACUGAUGUCAGCUGUCUAUUUCGAACAAAAGUCCAUCCACCCACAGAAUCUGUGCUGUUCAAUGAUGUGUUCAGAGUAGCCAUUUCCCAAACAGCUUUGCAGCAGAAGACGUUAAGAGUUGAUCUUUGCUCUGUCAGUAAACACCACAGGGAAGAAUGCUUGGCUGGAACUCAGAUCAGCCUGGCAGACUUACCAUUUUCUAAUGAGAUUUUCACUCUGUGGUAUAAUUUGCUUCCUUCCAAGCAAAUGCCUUGCAAAAAGAAUGAAGAAGAAAAUGAGGACUCUGUAUUUCAAUCAAACCAGCCAUUAGUAGAUUCAAUAGACUUGGAUGCAGUAUCAGCCUUACUUGCAAGAACCUCAGCUGAACUAUUGGCUGUGGAACAAGAAUUAGCACAAGAAGAAGAAGAAACAGGGCCAGAAGAACAGAGGGGUCCAGAAGGAGAUUGGUUAACAAUGCUAAGAGAGGCCUCUGAUGAAAUUGUGGCUGAAAAAGAAGCUGAGGUUAAAUUGGCAAAGCACAAUAGCUGUAUGAAAGACUUAAGUUCAUGCACUAAUGUGCCGAAGAUGGAUGAAGGCGAGUGGAGGAAAGAAAAUGAGGUUGCCAAAGACUGUAGACAUCAGCCACCCGCUGGAGUACCCACCCUGGUUGACAAAGAGACAAAUACUGAUGACGCAGUUAAUGACAGUAUGGCAGUUCGCCCCAAAGACCGCAGCAGUCUGAGCUCUCAACAGCAUCCGUUUGUGAGGAGCAGCAUGAUAGUGCGCUCACAGACCUUUUCUCCAGGCGAGCGAAGCCAGUACAUUUGCAGGUUAAAUCGGAGUGACAGUGACAGUUCAACCUUGGCUAAAAAAUCACUGUUUGUGAGAAACUCCAGUGAACGGUGCAGUUUGCGGGUCAAAAGGACGGUUUGCCAGCCAGUCCUCAGAAGGACAGCCCAGGAAUGCCCAGUACGCACAUCUCUAGACCUAGAACUGGAUCUUCAGGCCUCUCUUACCCGACAGAGUCGCCUCAAUGAUGAGCUACAGGCUCUGAGGGGCCUUCGGCAAAAGCUGGAAGAACUGAAAGCUCAGGGAGAGACUGAUCUUCCACCAGGUGUGCUGGAGGAUGAGCGAUUCCAGAAGCUCCUGAAACAAGCUGAGAAGCAGGCUGAACAGUCAAAAGAAGAACAGAAACAAGAUUUGAAUGCAGAAAAAUUGAUGAGGCAAGUCUCCAAGGACGUGUGUCGACUUCGGGAACAGAGCCGGAAGGUGCCUAGGCAGGUGCAGUCCUUCAGGGAGAAGAUUGCCUACUUCACCCGAGCGAAGAUAAGCAUCCCGUCCCUGCCAGCUGAUGAUGUGUGACUUCAUGGCUUAACAAAUUGUUUCUCACCUGUUUACUUUCUUAGGGAGGGCAAAAGACUGAACAAUUUGCUUUUUCUUUCUUUCUUUCUUUCUUUUUUUUUUGUAACAUAUAAUUGUCAACUCUUGAAGAAUUUUCAUUUUAUACCAGAUUUUCAAUAUGUUAAUUUGUAAAGUAACUUGAAUGUAAUCCUUAUGUGUUUAAAGAAAGACAAAACAUCUGAUAACAAAAAUGGGAUAAUCUGGCACACCAAUGUGCAGCGCACGUGUGUCCCCAGUGGCUCCAUCGCGUAUGUGGACAAGAGGCAGUGAGUACCAGUGUCUACCCCUGAGCUGACUGCUGGGAAGCAGCUUGUGUCAGUGGCGUUCUGGGAUUUUCUUUGUUUCCUUGUGAGGAGACUGUGAAGGUGGCAGUGGUGCCAUGCAGUGUUUCUGAGCUAGAAAGCCGCUCUUCCUGUUGGCAGUGAGCACAGAGCUGAGUCCUGCACAGGUGCUGUGCUCAUUCCCAUCACCUGUGUCAGAACACUUAAGUUCCUUAAAACAGCUUCCUCUCUGUCCUUUUCAUAAUUGUCUUUAGACAACUAUACUGAAUGUAAGGAUAUCAAGAAUGCCAAGGAGCAGUACUCCUUACUACCUUAAAGAUCUUAGACAUUGAGGGCAAGGUGGAAGAGAGAAGCACACCAGAAAUCCUAAAAUACACUACAGGAGCUCAAAAGAGGAGCAGCUGCUACUUCUGACUUCACCUGAAUUUGCAAGUGAUCCAGUUUCUAGUCUGCACCAAUGCUCUGUCCUAGGCGUGAGAAUGGUGCCAGCGAGAAGCUCAUGGGGUCCUGGGUUCCAGGGCCAGACAGCACUGUGAGGUAGAGGGGACGCAUUCUCACUCAUUGGUGAAGCCAAGAACAGAGGAAAUGGUGUGUCUGAAUUGAAUUGAAGUUGCCAAAAUAAAUAGUUUAUCAAACAGAUUUCUGACAUUUACUAGAAAUCACUUUGCAGCUCUCAUUUUUAAGGGAUUCUAUCUAUAAUUUGUGGUAAGUAGUUGGGAAGCAAAGGAAAGAGUGCCUGGGAGGGAAUUAUUAAUUUGGAGAAUAAGGUAAAUCAUUUGUUUAACAAGAAGGAAAGAAAAAGAAACUAUUUUGGAUGAACAAGUUUGGCAAUAUAAACUGACUAAAGCGUCCUGUUUCCCACUGUAGUAUUUUAGCUUACACAGCCCAGGCACUUCUUUAAAGAAAUAAGUCCUCAGUAUAGCUUUGCCACCAAAAGGCUUUUACAGUAUAUAGUCUAUAGGCAAUUUAAGCCAUACUUAUUAUUCAGUCUGUUAUACUGGAAGAAGCAGUUUUUGGUUAGCCGUCUUGUAUAGCAAACUAAGUUCUUUUUUUUUUUAAGAAAUGCAAAGUCAUCUUAAAGAAGAAAAAGUUUUGUUCCUAUGCUGGAAUUCUCACUAGCAAAAAAUUUUAUUUUCUUGAAACUAAUUAUACAUAUUUUGGAAAAUUUAUUUUAUCAGAAUCAAAGCCCUUAAGCAGUUUCUGAGCCUAAAAGUUUCUUUUUUUUUUCUAAAUAUUCCAUAACUCAAAUGCAAAUUUCUUGGAAGAUAUAACUGGAUGUGACCCCUGCCUUGAACAAAACCCAGCCUAUUGAUGGACUGUACAGUCCUUCUAGGCUGCCCAAUCUAGUGUUAAAUGAAUAAGGCAAAUUAGAAAAAAAUACCAUUCAUCCUUGUUAAGGUCAAAUGUGAAAGAAGUUUAUUUAAUGUAGAGUUAAAUGAAGGUCAGCUGUUUUCAGCUUCUUAGUUUGACCAUGAAAAUGUUUAUAGAACUUGUGUAGUUGUGCCGUACGAUUUUAUUUUCUUCAUUUAUUUAUUUACGGUCUUAUUUAUGUUCUGUUUAAUAUAUAGUUUGGUUCUGGCCAUUUUAAAUGUUUGACAUAGAAGAGGCUAUAUUGGAGUAUUUUACAGCUUUAUAAACUUCACCAGAUUAACUGUUAACUUUUUGUAAUACAAAAAGUUUCAGACAAGUAUUAAAGAAUAAAAUCUGUCUCAGGCUGGUAGUUAACAGUGUGACCAAGAGACUUUUGGUUUUAUUUUACAAAAUUUGCUUAUUCUAACAUGAGAGGCAAACUUAUUUUAAUAUAAUCCUUUCCACGCUUUAAAAAUCAGCAAUAGUGUUAUGUAUUUAUAGGCAGCUUUUAAUACUCUUGUCAUAUUUGUACUAACCCAAAAGAUUCACAAUGACAAAACUUUUUACUAACUUUGAUCACAAAACCAUAUGGACAAAUAUGAAUUUUAAUAUAAAUACUAUUUUAAAAAGGUAGAAUUUAUUCUGCACAGGGUAAAAAGAAUGUAAUAUUUAGAUCUCAAUUUUGAAUUAUCAGUAUGUUAUUACAAUUUUGUAUAUCAGAAUCUUAAGUGUUACAGGUACAAAAAGAAUAUUACUAGCCAAAUGAACAAAGUUUAGCUGAAUCUCUGUAGCAUGCAAAUCCAAUAAAAUUAAAGUUGUUUUUUUUUUUUUUUUUUUUUUUUUGCUAUGGCUUUAUAUUGUAUUAAAUAUCAAAAGCUCAGGAUUGAACUAAAUAUUUAAUCAGGUUAAAUUCUGAAUAUGUUCCUGCUUUAAUUUGUCCUGUUUGUCAAAGUUUGCAAAUACAUCACAUAGAUUAACUUUGGUUUCUGCACUUUCCAUGUGUUUGCGGAUGGGGGAAAAAAAUUCAACUUUUUUUAAACAAAGAUACAUAUUGCUUAAUACUUUUCUGUUGCCUAUUGUUCAGUUAAUUUCCUUGAUUGGCACAAACACAAGAGUUUACUUGAAUCAUGUAUCAAGCAAAUACAAAAUGUUCCACAAAGAAUUCCCCGAGCCAGAAGUUUGCUAUGAGUAGCUCUUGUUUGGACUAUAUGUAUUGCUGACUUUAAAGAGAAGAAAAAUGGAGCAUCUUCCUUGUGCAAGGGAAAUGAAGGGCUCCCAAGUGCAUGCUCUGGCAUAGCACACCUAAGCUGGCACUAUGCCUUCUGCCCACGCACGUCUGGACCUGCCAUGCCCCCUGUGGCUGCUCAGAGCCAGGGGAGGAUAGGAAGGUCGACCAUGAAGUGAGCAUAGGACACAGAAGCAGAUACACAUUUGUGUGGCAGAUUCUACAUGAAUCUUCCAGAACACAAGAUUGCCCUCCUCUGCUUGAGGACAUGAAUGAAUGUAAAGGACUUCUGGAACAGGUACCAUAGAGGUACUGAAGCCCCUGAUUGAAAAGGAUGAUUCAAAACCUUUAAAUAGCCAGCAAUUUUUUAGUGUAAUCAGGUGUCAUGCGUUUAAGAUAAAUAUGCAGAGAGAUCUUAGUUUCAUUAUUAUAGGUUAUCCUAAAAACCUGAAGGAAGUAAAUGAUUAGCAGUAAUGUUUCUAAUUGCCAAAAUUAUUCAUCUCCAUAUGAAUAAUACCUUCAAAGAUAUGUAACUACUAAAAUGACAUUUCAUUUACCAGUUUUGUUCAAUCACUGAGCCUGUUUUAAAAUUGAGAGAACUCUUAUACAGAAAUGAAUGUGAUUACUAUUAGGUCUUGAUUGGUUUUGGUCCAAGUAGAAAAUAAAUGUUGUUUACCAGUCUUAGAAAGAAACUGUUUUUUAAAGAAACUAAUAGUCACAAGGGGAAAAGUGCAUUUUAGGUAAUCAAAAGCAUAAUGAAUGGGUGACUGUGCAGCAUGAGAUCCUACCGAAUCCAGAGUUGAGCAAGCAUCACCUUGAAGAGUAGAUACCACUGAUCCCUCCUGGCUUAGACUUUUGGGUUGGUGUUUUUCAUCUCUACUUGUUGACAGUGAUCUUGCAUUUCUGCCACUGCAUAGUGGCCAGAAGCUCCAGGGGCUGGGGUGGAACAGGCUGCACAGUAGAGCAGACACCCUCCUAGCAGAAGAGAAAAGCCAGCAGACCAGCCAGUAAAGAGGGCUUCCCCAAACUCCCACCUGGGAACAAUCUCUGGGAUGGUCUCAUCCCAGAACUCCUGAACUGUCAGGUAGGCAACCCAGGAGACUGGAACGAGGGCUGUGACUCCCGAGGUCCAGAACAGAACUCCUCCCAGGAUUAACAGUCGCUUCUUGAGAUCUUGCUGUCUGUCUACAAUUCUCAAACAGUCCAGGCCAAACCCCGAGACCAGCAGGCCCAGGAAUCCCAGCCCGUUCGACAGAAACAUUAAAAUCCGGGAGAUUCUGAGUUCAGCCGGCAAAGCCAGGAAGGAAUCAAAGUCCUUGCACUGCCUCCCCACAUCCUCCUGGAUGACGCAGGUUUUCCAGAGUCCCAUGGUCCAAUUUUCCAUUUCAUUUAAGUCCAGGUUGAGGUUCUUCCAGUGCGGCAGAUAGUUUGUAAGGCAGGCUAAAACCCAUCCCAGCAAAGAAAAUAAAAGUCCAAUAGACUGCAUUGCUAUUCUAAAGACUAAAGCCAUCAUGAAAUCCCGCCAGGCUUAGCCAACCCUACUCCUGCCCUCCGGUUGCUAUGAAAAGAAGUGUGACACUUGAGUUAUCUCUUGUGGAGUUCAUAAAUAUUUUUUCAUUGUGUAUAUAGGAGGAUUCUUGCCAGAGUUGAUACUGUUUGAUUCCAUGAUGAAAAGGUCUCAGAAAAGGAUAGGGAAAUAAUGCUGUAAACCAGUAAUGCCAAGGUGUGGCCCAGAUCAUAUUCAUGUCCUAUGGUCUGAAUUCUGUAGAAAGCACUUUGUCAGUAAAAUAAAUUAAGUAGUACUAAUCCUCCUUUCAUUGUUAAGGUAUAAAUGGCUUUCUUGUUGUUCCUUUUCUAACAAAUCAAAGAAUUAAGAAGUCUAAAUGCAAAAAUGUUUAAUUGAAGGUUUUGGUUCAGCUCCUCCUGCUUUCUAUCAUGCUAAUUGCACCUGUCAGAUUUUCUUCUGUUACAGUUCUCACAUUUCAAUGUGUAUGUUAUGAUAAUACUGAGAGUUUUCAUUUUUAAAAAAAUAGGUUCAAGAAAAGUAUUUCUUAACCAAAUAAAUCAAUCUUAUCAGAAAUCUCUA